AGAUAUAAGAUUACAAUUUCAUAAUUUUCCAAAAAUAAACAUGCAGAGGAUCGUCAAAAUUACAUAUGUAUAGUGAGUGUGGGUGUGAGAUGUAAAGCGCGAUGACACCGAGUAUUUAACACUAAGAGACGCCCGCGCCGCCCGCUCAGUCGCACGCCGCCCGCGACGCAAACGCAGGCUCUCGCGGAAACUUAUCUAUCAUCUAAAACCUAAUUCUAGAGCUGCUGAUGAAAUAAGCUCCCCGGUAUGGGGUGGAACACGGUUCUCUGGAGCGCACUGUGGUUGUUAUGUACACACACAGUCGCCUCCCCGCGAUCCGACAACUUAUCCUUCGUGAGAAGUGCCGUGGAGACGGUGCCUGAACAUGACCCAAUACCCGCGCCUAUACGAGCGUCAGUUGAAAGCAUUCCUCUGAGAAGUCUUCGAGAUGAAGGGGAUGAAAGACUGCCAUUGCGUGAUGCAGUAGAAAAGAGACCCAUUGCUGUACUAAGCGACGAAUCCUUGCGCGUAAAUGUAGAGGACGUUGAAGAUAUUCCAGCAGGAGAUGCGGACAACUUCAGACAAUAUUAUGGCGCGGCAAAUUACUUGAACAAGUUCCAGCUAGGAAACGCUAAUCUACAAGAGAUGCAGCAGACGCCCACUGGUCCAGCAACAAAGAGACUGAUAGUGUGCUACAUGGAGUCAUGGGCGGCAUACCGGGUGCCUCCGCUCGCGUUCACUGCCAGCCUAGUACCUCGCACCUGCACGCACCUCCAUUAUGCCUUCGCUGUAAUGCAUCCGCACACCUAUGCUUUGAUGCCGGCAAAUGAAGAUUAUGAUCUGAUCAAGGGCGGAUACCGAAUUGCGACAGGUUUAAAGCGAAGAAAAACAGGCCUUAAAGUGAUGUUAAGUGUCGGAGGCGACGGAACCGAUCGGCUGUUCAGCGAAAUGGUGCAAGAGUCCAAUAGACGAAGCAACUUCAUAGACAGCGCAGUCAGCUUCUUGAGGGAACACGAUUUCGACGGUCUCGAUCUUCAUUGGGUUUAUCCAGGUGAACGAGACGAGGAAGAAAAAGACAUGUUUACAUCCCUUCUGUACGAACUGCGAGAGAAAAUGUCGCCAUACGGACUUCUACUUUCUACGGUCUUACCUCCAUUCAGGUAUCAGAUCGAAGACGGAUACGACCUAGCUGCCGUCAGCGGCGCGACCGACUACGUGACUCUGCAGGCGUGGGACAUGACGCACGGGAAACGGGACGAGCCUCCAGCGAAGGCUGUCCAGCAUAGCGCCCUGCACCACGACCCCGGCGCUGCGUCUAGGGACCAGCGAUACGAUAACAUUGAAUUCAUGGUUAAAUACAUCCUUCGUCAUGGCAUGGCUCCCGAGAAGCUAGUACUCGGUGUGCCUUUGUUCGGCCGGAGCUACACUCUGACAAGCUCCACGCUGCCUUCGCCCGGCGCCCCAAUCAGCGGUUGGGGCCAAGAGGGGCCUUACACGCAAACUAAAGGACUACUGGCUUACUUUGAGAUAUGCAUAUCUGAACGCGAAGGUAAAGGAGUAACCGGGACCGACGAAGCCGGUAAUGCUUACGCCGUGUUUGAUGACCAGUGGGUUACAUAUGAUUCACAAACAACUAUUGCCGAAAAGAUGAGAUUCAUCAUGAACUUGGGCUUGGCUGGUGCAGCGGCCUGGGCUAUAGAUAUGGAUGACUUUCGUGGACUGUGCGGCUCACCCUUCCCCUUACUAAGCACGAUGUCAACAAUGUUAAGCAAUGAACCCGUCCAAAGUGAUCAAUCUUCCUUAAAAAUUGGUUCCUGUGAGUCGAUGAUGCCUUACCUGGCGUCGGAUGAAGAUUCUUGCGCCCAUUUCCACUUCUGCACCGGCGGUAUUAACUUCAGGAUGGUUUGCGAAGAUGAACGUCUUUACGAUCCUUCCACGGGCUUCUGCGGACACCAGGAUGUUACCAAGUGUCUACCGGGUCAAAGCCUGAGGAUCAGCGUGGAGGAAGCAGCACGAUUAUUACCUCAUGCAUAUGAUAAUGAUUUCGAGUGGAGUGACCAAGUAAAUAAUGACAUGAUGAUGAAUAGAGAACCAGUUCAAUUUAUUUCAAUGGCUGAAAAUUUCAAAAAGAAAAAAACACACCAGAAGAAAAAAAUUGGCAAUCAGUCAAGAAAGCGAGAUCAGGAUGAAGACAUUUUCGCUACAUACAAUAUCAAUUCCAGAGUAUCAAGAGAAGGUCCCGAAAACAACAAACGGGUAGUGUGCUACAUGACCAGCUGGGCUUUCUAUCGGCGCGGCGACGGUAAAUUCGUUCCAGAGCAAAUUGACACCAGACUUUGCACACACAUAGUUUACGCUUACGGGUCAUUGUCACCUGAUGAACUCGUCGCUAAAGAGUUCGACCCAUGGACUGAUAUCACCAACAAUUUAUAUGAACGUGUAACAUCUCUGAAAGACGUGACAGUCCUAUUAGGAUUGGGAGGGUGGACAGACUCUGCCGGAGAUAAAUAUUCGCGUCUAGUAUCCUCGAGUGCUGCCCGAGCGAAGUUUACAGAAAAGCUGGUGUCUUUCUUACGCAUGCACAACUUCCGAGGUCUUCACUUAGACUGGAACUAUCCGGUCUGCUGGCAGAGUAAUUGUAAAAAGGGCGCGGCAUCUGAUAAAGCGAAUUACGCAAAAUUAAUACAGGAAGUGGCAAAAGCUUUGCAUGGCGCCGGAAUGGAGCUAGGUGUAGCGAUAUCCGGCUACAAAGAAGUGAUAGAAGCGGCAUACGACCUAGCUACUAUUUCUAAGGCCACCGACUUCCUAAGCGCCAUGACGUAUGACUACCACGGUGGCUGGGAAAGCACUACUGCGCACCACACGCCGUUGGUGCCUUCUCCGAAGGACAAAAUCCCGUACUACUCUAUCGAGUACGCAGUGAAAGCUCUCAUCAGCGGAGGCGCAGACCCAAAGAAAAUACUCCUAGGUUUGUCGUUCUACGGCCAGACGUACAGACUCGCCACGACCGGAUCCAGUGGCCCGGGCUCUGCAGCAUCCGGCCCCGGCGAGCCCGGCGAGUUCACCAAGCAGCCCGGCAUGAUGGCCUACUACGAAAUUUGUUACCGAGUUAAAAAUCUGCGAUGGAAGACUGGACGCCAAGACAGAGCCGGUCCCUACGCGUAUUCAGAAAAUCAAUGGGUGGGUUAUGACGACCCGAAAUCCAUAACUGAAAAGGUAGAAUGGGCUAUUCGCCAAGGUCUGGGUGGGGUGACAGCAUGGGCUAUGGAUCUGGACGACUUCAACAACCGUUGCUGCGGGGAGCCGUGGCCGCUGCUGCGGGCUGCCGGCCGCGCCCUCGGCCGGACCGUGCCGCAGCCCGCGGACGCCUGCGAACGCCCGCCGCAACCCGUCACGCCACCGCCGCCUACGACAACCACCGUCGCGUCUGAUGGAUCCGCCGGCGGCGAUCACGUCCAUCCCGGUCAUGACCACCCGACCACGCAAACCACCUGGCCCGCUUGGAAGCCGGAGAGCACCACCGCCACCACGGCACAGACCUGGUGGUCUCAGCCCACUACCAUGAAGCCAGCCUCCACAACACCUUCGACCGCGCAAACGUGGUGGUCGCAAUCUACCACUACUACGAUGAAGCCCACUACUACAGUCAGAACGACUACUACAAGAAGGACGACCACUCAAUCACCACAAUCUGCGGAAGGCAAACCCUGCACUGCGGGCGAAUACCGUGAGGCAGCAGGCGAUUGCGAGAGUUACCUCCAAUGCGAAGGUGGUGUUUGGCGUAAGCAUCGCUGCGCGCCCGGCCUUCAUUGGUCCACCGCUACUACGCGCUGUGACUGGCCCAGCUUCGCCAAGUGCUCAGCGACUUCAAACAGCGAAUCAACUACAGCUACGAGUACACUCGCACCGAUUACGGCACGACCCCCGCCGAGACCUACCACUACCACCAGACCUCCUACUACCACCAGAGCUACCACUACCACCAGACCUCCUACUACCACCAGAGCUACCACUACCACCAGAGCUACCACGACCACCAGACGCUCUACUACUUCCACUACUACGACUACGCGUACACCAACUACUGAAGCACCAAGUUCUGGGGAUUCUAUGGACGGAACACCAUGUAACGGUCAAACAUACAAGCCCGUAGCCGGAGACUGCAACGCAUACUUGCACUGCGAUGGCUCCGUGUGGCGCCGGCAGCGUUGCGCCCCCGGCCUGCACUGGAGCCCUAAGCAGAACUACUGCGAUUGGCCCAAAUACGCCAAGUGUGAAAGUUCGUCAAGCACUCCGGCUGCCUUGCCGACCCGAACAACUAUUCGACUCCCAACUAGACCCCCUACCACACCUCAGCCAAGCAACAUCCCAGCCGAAGAUAGCUCGUGCGGUUCCGGCGAGUCGAUGACGUCGGCCAGCACCUGCGACGCGUACUUGCUGUGCGUGGGCGGCCGCUGGCGCAAGCAGCAGUGCCCGCCCGGCCUGCACUGGGACAAGCGGACCCACCGCUGCGAUUGGGCUGAGUUCGCCAUGUGCGAUGUCAGACCCGGUGCAACGAAAACUCCGCCUACAUCCACCAAGAGACCACAACAAUGGACCACCUCCAAGAAGCCUACUGAAAACCUCACGACCGCGCCUUCGCGCUGCCAAACGGGCACGUACCACCCGCAUCCUCAAUGCGAGAAGUUCUACGUGUGCGUGAACGGUCAGCUGGUGGCGCAGAGCUGCGCACCCGGGCUGGUGUGGGGACCCAACGGCCAGUGCGACUUCCCGCGCAAGGACUCGUGCGGCGACCGCCGGAACAUGCACCCCGCCGCGCCCGUCUCCAUGCAGCUACAGGACCAGACAACAAUCUGCGAAAAUGGUGAAUACGCCAAGGUUGAAGGAGACUGCACUCGCUACAGACACUGUCUCUUUGGGAAGUUCGAGGAGUUCCCUUGCAGCGCUGGCCUUCAUUGGAAUGAGGAAAAACAAAUCUGCGAUUGGCCCAAGAGCGCAAAAUGCAAAAGCAAGAGUGGAAUGACAACAACGAGACCGAUGGUGGAAAGGCCUUCCAAACCCGCCAUUGAUCACGAGCACACAGAUCACUUUGAACCGGCCCGUCCUGUUGUAUCCACGCCCAAUCCCACACAACCAGAAGUGCCUAAUAAACCAUCUCUUCUGAAAACUAAAUACAAGGUAGUCUGCUACUACACGAACUGGGCGUGGUACCGGCCAGGCCUGGGCAAGUACGGGCCGGAAGAUAUCGACCCAACUCUAUGUACGCACAUCGUCUACGGUUUCGCGGUACUCGGCAGCGAUGGUCUCAUCGCGGCGCAUGAUUCUUGGGCGGACUAUGAUAAUCGUCUAUACGAGCAAGUGGUCGAGUACAAGCGCUACGGUGUCAAAGUUUCCUUGGCUCUGGGCGGCUGGAACGACUCCGAAGGAGACAAAUACUCCAAGCUAGUGAACGAUCCUAUAGCUCGAGCCCGCUUCGUCACGCACGCUGUUCAGUUCAUUGAGACGUACAACUUCGAUGGACUUGACUUAGACUGGGAAUAUCCUAAGUGCUGGCAGGUGGAUUGCUCAAAGGGUCCCGAUUCCGAUAAAGAAGGAUUUUCGGAUCUAGUCCGUGAAUUAUCGGCGGUAAUGAAACCUAAAGGCCUGCUUCUGUCAUCUGCUGUGUCCCCCAACAAGAAGGUCAUAGAUGAGGGCUACGACGUUCCUGUGCUGGCAAGACACCUGGAUUGGAUCGCUGUGAUGACCUACGAUUAUCAUGGACAGUGGGAUAAGAAGACUGGACAUGUGGCGCCACUCUAUUAUCAUCCUGAUGAUGAUAAUACUUAUUUCAACGCUAAUUACACUAUCCACUAUUGGAUGUCCAAAGGCGCGCCAUCAAGAAAACUCGUAAUGGGUAUUCCGAUGUACGGACAAACAUUCACGACCGGUGUCCAGUGGGACACGGAUCCAGACCUGCUUGGUAGAAAAGAUGCUACCGGGUUGAAUGUACCCGCUGUUACAGGAGGUGAAGAGGGCGAAUACACUAGGGCCAAGGGUUUCUUGGCUUAUUAUGAGAUCUGUGAUCGAAUUAGGAAUCAAGGAUGGAUAGUAGAAAAGGAUCCUUAUGGAAGAAUGGGCCCAUACGCUUACAAAGGCAAUCAGUGGGUCGGUUUUGAUGACAUAGAUAUUGUGAAGCAGAAAACGGAGUUUAUUAAGUCUUUAAAUCUUGGAGGCGGUAUGAUUUGGGCACUUGAUCUUGAUGACUUUAGAAACAGAUGUGGACUAGGGAAACACCCAUUGCUCAACACCAUCAAGAAAGGUUUACUGAAUCCAAAAAUAGAAUUGCAGCCCGUUCAACCACAGCCGACCUAUCCAUCGACCACAAGCAGACCAUCGAUAGAUGACUAUGAUGAUCUUGAUGACAUAGAAGUAAGGCCCGGUUAUAACAAACCGACUUGGACGACUACUGUACGUCCUAUGAGACCUACUUCACAAAUGAGCUCUAUUGUUCAAACUACCAAAAAACCUACAGUACCACAUGUUGAAGAAAGAUACAAAGUAGUCUGCUAUUACACCAAUUGGGCGUGGUACAGACCUGGACCAGGAAAAUAUACUCCGAGUGACAUCGAUGCUUCACUGUGCACUCAUGUUGUUUACGCGUUUGCUGUCCUCGACGCUGACACAUUAGUUAUGAAACCACACGACACAUCUUUGGAUAUUGAAAACAAAUUCUAUGAAAAGGUAACUGCCCUAAAGAGCCGAGGCGUGAGGGUCGUAAUUGGUCUAGGCGGCUGGAAUGAUUCUGCUGGCGACAAGUACUCGCGCCUAGUCAACAACCCGUCGGCUAGAAAGAAGUUCGUUGUACACGCGAUUGACUUCAUUGAGCAGUUUGGCUUCGAUGGACUGGACCUGGAUUGGGAGUAUCCUAAGUGCUGGCAAGUGGAAUGCGAAAAGGGACCCUAUUCCGACAAGCAAGGGUUUGCCAGCUUAGUAAAAGAACUUCGCGCUGCUUUCGACCCACGAGGACUUCUUUUAUCUACCGCCGUUUCAGGAAGCAAACGAGUCAUCGAUUAUGCGUACGAUGUGCCAACCUUAUCUAAAAACUUGGACUGGAUAGCACUCAUGACAUACGACUACCACGGCCAAUGGGACAAGAAGACCGGUCACAUUGCGCCCAUGUAUGCUCGCCAAGACGACGAUGACUCUACUUUCAACGCAAACUUCACUGUCAACUACUGGAUCCAGAAAGGUGCAGCUCGACAGAAACUAGUUCUGGGAGUGCCCAUGUACGGGCAGUCUUUCUCUCUCCUGGACAACUCUGCGAACGGCCUGAGCGCACCCGCAGACGCUGGCGGUGAGCCUGGAGACGAGACUAGAGCCAGGGGCUUCUUGGCUUUCUACGAGAUAUGCGAACGUAUUAGAGUUUAUGGCUGGCGAGUGGUCAGAGACCCUGGUGGCCGCAUAGGUCCAUACGCAACGCGCGACGACCAGUGGGUAUCUUUCGACGACGAUUUCAUGGCGCGCCAUAAAGCGGAGUAUGCACGUGCAAUGGGCCUGGGAGGAAAUAUGGUGUGGGCUCUAGACUUGGACGACUUCACGGGCCAGUACUGCGGCUGUGGCAAGAGUCCGCUGUUGAGCAGUAUAAACCACGUGCUAAGGGGCAAGGAGGCUCCACCACCUUGUGAACUUCAGGAAGUACCGGGUGCAACAGUACCAACACCUGUCACAGAAGGCGCAAUAACCGAUACGUCCAGUGAAGCGGAGUCUGGUGAAUCUGCGCCAGCUAUUCCUGAAAUAGACUCCGACAUUGAGACAAGUGGUUAUCUCGAUGGCAGACCUUGCUCUGGAAUGAUGUUUAGAGGCGACGACACUAAUUGCGAUAAAUAUUACCUAUGUUUCAAUGGAGUAUACAUGCAGCUUACUUGUCCGGAUGGUUUACUUUGGAAUGGAAAUCACUGUGAUGAACCACAUAAAUCCCGAUGCAGGACCAAAGCGAAUCUAAGAAUAACUGCUGGGGAAGGAACUGUCGAGGACUCGGAAGAAAAACCAAUUGUUGGGUGUUAUUUCACUGACUGGGCUUAUUACAGACGUGAAAAUGGAAGUUUUGGUCCUGAUCAAUUAGACGUUUCCAUGUGUACCCAUGUUAUUUAUGCCUGGGCCCAUCUUGACAAAAAGUCUUUCAAAUUGAUCCCUGGAAAUCCGGAACUAGACGUAGAGUAUGACUUCUAUGGAAAAGUUACAAGUCUCCGGCAUACUGGAGUGAAGGUGAUCUUGGGCGUCGGUGGUCUCGAAGACUCAGAGGAAGAAAAGUGGCAUGAAAUGGCUUCGACCCCACAAAACAGAAAGAAGUUCAGCAGAUCUGUUUACAAAUUCUUGCGGAAAUGGAAUUUUGAUGGGUUGCAAAUUGCCUGGCAGUAUCCUGGUUGUAAUCAGGUCCCAUGCUCAUCUCAUAGACAACUCGCAGAGCGGGACAACUUCAGCUCAUUGCUGAUAGAGCUAUCGCAAAAGCUUCGGUCUCACGCCAUGGAGUUAUCCACCAUGGUCGCGGCCUCACCUGAAAUAGCUUCUACAGCUUAUGAUCACGCCGUGCUCAAAGAGAAUGUUGACUGGCUAGCAAUCGCUGCUAAUGAUUAUUACACUACUUCCAGUGGACGAACUGGAUAUUUGGUGCCGUUGGAGACAACGGAGCAGUGGGACAAUAACUUCAACACAACUGUGGAAUACUGGUCUAGCGUAGUGCCAGGCAGACAGCUAGUGCUUGGAAUCCCAGCAUAUGCCAGGACGUACUCGCUAAGAACAGUGACCAACCGCGAGGUAGGCGCGCCCGUGUUCGGUCCCGGCGCACCUGGACCCUUCACCGGAGUUCCAGGCUUUUUAGCUUAUCAUGAGCGCUGCGCCUUCAAGCCAGAAGAAUGGCAUGAGACUCGCACUCGCAAAGGCACAUAUGCCGUAUACGGAUCGCAAUGGGCGUCAUACCUGCGUCCGGAGGAAGUGCACCUGAUGACGUCACUGGGCAUGCGCGCGGGCCUGCGCGGCGCCGCGCUCUGGGCCAUGGACCUCGACGACUGGCGCGGCGCGUGCUCCUGCGUGCCGCGGCCACUCCUGACAGCUAUGAAACAAGCCGUACAUGAACCGCUGUUAGCACCUUCCUUGUGUAUAUAGAAGUUUAUAAUCAUUUUGAAGAUUGGUGAUAAUAUUAGAGUAAACUCAGAAAGCAUUUUUUUACCGUAGUUCUUAGCGUUUUAGUAAUUGGAUUUCUUUGACACGAGAAAACAAGAAAAACAUAGAGAAUGAAUGUUUGUCCAUUGUUAGGUACUACUAGGUAGCAUACGUUAUGAUUAAUUUUUGAAUUAUGAAUCGUUAUUCAUAAACGUCUGUCAGAUCUAACAUGCCGUGGAUUGUUUUCUUCUGUUAACGAUGAAUCCUACAUGAUAUUAUGAUGUAAGCAGGUAAAAUUACUGUCCAUUAUAUGGACAAAAACAUAUUGGUGAAUUUUGUGCCAACUACAUAUUUCUAAAUGAGAUUGAAAAAUACUAGAAAGUACUGAUAGCAUAAUAUGUACAGAAAUAUUAUUGUGAUAUUUUUUGUAGAAUAUAGAAAGUUUCUAAAUAAAUUAUUUUAUUUAC